AUGUUCUCCCUAAGAAAUAGCUCUAACAGCAGUAAGAAGCAACCCAUUGAAGUGGAUGGGCAUGGAAAGAGAGCCACGUGCGAGAAGGGGGAAACCGAACUGGAAGAUGAUGAGCAAGUGAAAAAUUUGUACAAGGAAAAUCCAUUAACGAAAGUAGAACGUUACAUGGAUUAUGUACAACAAGAAACACAAGUUUAUCCAAUCAGCAGAACUACCACCCCACAUCAGAUCAACAUUGGAAGCAUGGAAAGUGUAAAUGAGGAUGACGGGGCCUUUAACCCCAUUGUGCAAUCGUCAACACUGUUAUCUCAUGAUGAAGAUGAGCUAGCCAAAAAUAUAAAAGAGAAUGACGAUGAGAAUGACGAUGAGAAUGACGAUGAGAAUGACGAUGGAAUGAUGAGGAGACAGAACAGAAGUGUCAACAGUAAUACGUACCCUCUUGGUUUUGAGCAGAGGGACGAAGCGGCCAUUAAGUUCCAUUCGGGAGUGAGAGAAUCUGUUAUAAAUGAAAAGAGACAGAACUGCCCAAGGAAUGAGGCCCUGGAGGAUGUGUCCGCUCCACAUGAUGAGAGCGUCAAUAUGGGCGAUAGUGUUAGUGACGGUAAUGGUGACAGUGAGAGUGCAGAGCCUUUUUCCCGCAAUUGUGAAAAGGAGGAGCCCUCUAAGGGAAGCGCAAUGAAGGGGGGAUGUCAGGAGGAAGACGAGGCUGAAGCGGAUGUGGUGGCUAAAGCGGAUAUGGAGGCUAAAGCGGAUAUGGAGGCUAAAGCGGAUAUGGAGGCUGAAGCGGAUAUGGAGGCUGAAGACGAAGAUGAACUGGUAAAAAUCCCCCUCGAGAAUAAUAACAAAGUGGAGAGAAUCAGCGCAGGGUCGUGUGUAGAGAGGUCACACCUCCAUAGCGGAACGGCACCUACAUUUGAGGAAGGGAAAUCAUGCGAUGAUGAGCGCAAUGCGUGUGAAGACAGUCAAAUCGCCCUCCAAUCUAGGAAUGAAAUGUGCAAGCAUGAAGAAUCGAAGGAAGGAUUCGAAGAGUCGAUAAUCAGUGAGAGUUGUGUAUACAGCAAGGAUGAGAAAGUGAAAUCGGAGAAUCAUCUGGAUGAUAAACUGAACGAUGAAAUGCAAAAGAAAAUUGAAAAGAGUGAGGGGAACUGCAACGAGCAUUUUAAGAAUUCAUUAAUAAAGGAUAUGUUACUGCAGAAGGAGAGUGGUACUGAACAUCCUUCCCCCAUUGACCAGAACAAGGAACAUUCCUUAAUAAAUAACCUCCGUAACAUUAAAGAGGAGGAGGGGGUGAAGAAUCAGUUUGAGAAAUCAUUUCCAGAGAGUAGGAGAGACGUGGUUAGCAAUGCAUAUGCCACUGUGCCUAUUGUGAAUGAGUCCACGGGGUGUGGAAAUCCAUGUGGAGGGAUGGCAGUAGGAGGGGGAAUCCCCGCACAUGUGCACUGCGGUGGUGUCGGUGCUGUUGCCGGUGUUGGGAAGAGUGGCUGCAUGAGCCAUAGGGAGACCCCCAUUAAUGACAGCGUGGGAAAUAACCUCGUCGGAAAUAACCUCGUCGGAAGUAACCUCGUCGGAAGUAACCUUAUCGGAAAUAACCUCGUUGGAAGUAACCUCGUUGGAAAUAACCUGCUUGGCAACCUCACUAGCGGAGGAAUAUACGAGGGCUACGCCAUGGCAAAUAAAGAAGCCCUGAGCAAAAGUGAAAACAUAAGAAAGUCAAAAAUCACGUGCCUCAGCUACCUACGCAUAUUAAAGCGAUUAUCCUCCAUCUGGAGUGAAACGAACAAGUCCUUCGAAUACCAUUUUGUGAAUAUUUUAAACAACGUUGAUAUGAAUAACUUGGAUGUGUACCUGUGCUGUUUUUCAAACAUAAAAAUAUAUGCAAGUAAGAGUUUGUUUCUUGAUUCGAUUUUGGAAUGCAUGGACGAGCUGGAGAUUAUAAAGAAGCUAAAAAGCGUCCAGAGUAAGGAGGAGAGUAACGUUGAUGAGAAAAGCAUUCCCUUAAGUUCAUCUUCUUCAAGUGGAAAUAAUAAUAAUGGUAAAAGUGGAAUGGUAAAGCAAAUUAUGGAUGAAGUGGAGAGUAAUUUGUCCAAAGACAUUGUCGAAGAGAUGCAUGACUUGUCCUUAAGGAAUCCAUACUUCAGUAGCACCUACCAUGGGAACAACAGUGUGAAUAAUGUUAUAUCAGGAGUGUCUCCUCAUGUUUCGGAGGAGGAGCCUAGCGUAUUGGCCCUCUACAACUGUGUGCAAAAGAAGGGUGAUGCUAACCACGUCGGCAUGAACAAUGCCAGUGGAAAGCAUGUCGGUGGUAACCAUGUCGGCAUGAACAAUGUCGGUGGAGAGGUUGAUAUGAAAGGGGGGAAAGACUUCCUGACCUGUGGAGGUAGGAAUCAGUGCGGUAUGUCGUCGGCUGUGUGCGAAGGUGGCGCAGCAUCUGCGGCUGGGGGAAAUGUCCCCAGUUAUCCAUGCAGUUCGCAUGGCAGCCACGUUGCCUGCACCAGUGGACACAUGUACAACAACGCAAACAGCAACGCGAACAACAGAGUAAACCCGCUGAACAAUAACUACAACGGGGAUGUGAUGGGUUUUGCCGGAAAUAACCCGCUAAGCUAUAGCAACAGUUUUGGUGCGGCCUCGUCAAACACGUGCAAGAAGAAAUGCAGUUACUCUGAUGAAAAUAUUUUGAAUAAAUUGAAUGUCAGCAUAGACUACAAUUCGUACAACGACUACAGCAACAACUACAUUCAGGAAGCCGAGAAGGUUGUAGAAAAAUACAAGAAUUUGAGCAAGCUGAAUUCGAAGGAGAGUGAAAACAUGUAUAGUACGUGUAGCCAGUCCACCGUCCACGAUGUUGGUAAUGCUAAUGCGAAUGCCUAUUUGCAUUUUAAAUCGUUUUUGGCGGAAUAUGCAAAUUUGCAUAAGGGCAGCGGUACCGAGAAGAACAAAUUGAAGGAUGCCGAUUUGACCUCCAGUGACUUGAGCUUCUUGCGUUGCCUUUGUGCGCACUUGUGCGGAUCCGGCAGAUGGGAGGAUAAUGGACUCAACGACGUGUACUGCCAUGACAAGGAUGCGAGGGAUGUGAAAAGUUUUUACGACAAGCUGAAGCUGGACUCGAGUAGCAACGGUGACAUGAACAAAUUUCUACAGGAGUACAAACUUAGUGACGAGGACAACCCUGAUGACAGGGAGUUCUAUAACAAGUACGGAAGAAGCAACAACAAAGGAGGCAUCCUAAGCGGAUUUGAUAAUAAUGCCAAUUUGUCAUCGGAUAGCUUCCAGAGUAUUUUGAGGAAGAGAAAGUUACGGGACACUUCUGGUGCGCACCACCAUCAGAGUCAUCACGCUAUGCAGAAAUGCAGCGGAACCAGUAUGGGGGGUGCCAUGGGGAAUGGAAGCGGGAUUGGCGCGAACGGAGCGAAUGUAGGAGGAGGCUACGACUUGAACUACCUCCUGUGCAACACGAAUUUGCUGAAAAAGCUGAAGAUUAAUUUGUUGGAGGAUAAAAAGGGUGGCGCAGUUGACAGGGUUGUUGGUGGUAGCGGUGUCGGAGGCAGUGUCAUUGGCGGAGGCGAAGCUAACCUGAGCGAAAGCAACGGCAGCCUCCUUGGAGUGAUUGACUUCUUGAAGAAGGACUCCAACGAUUACUCUGUGGACGAGAGUAGUGGCCCGCACAUGAAUACGAGAAGAAGCGUGGCGAACAAGAAUAAUGUGAAAAACUACAAGGACAUUUUGAAUCUGUCGCAGGAAAUUCUGGGCAAGAAGGGAACCAACGGAGGAGCAGCGGGAGGAGGAACGGUAGCUGGAUCGUCUUCAUCCUACAAAAAUGGGAAUGACCAUGAUAGAGAUCGGGAUUCUGACAUCUUUCACGCUCAUCAGUACCCGGUACAUAAUCCCUCUCUCCCGCAUCACCACAUAAACCCCAGUGCAUUAUACGACUUUAUAAUGAACACAAAUACAUCGUCUGGUGGAUAUAUGGAGAAUUCGAUGCACCAUCGAGGUAGCAGCCUCCUGAUGAAUAGCCAGAACGGCAACAAUAGAAAUGACAGUAACUUGCACGAGAAUGGAAGCGUGAAUCAGAACAACAAGAGUUGCAAUAAUGGCACGAUGGGUAUGAAGGGAUCAUACAAGAUGAGCGCAAGUGGCACGAGCACCGCGACGCCAAACCCUCUACAGAAGAAAAACAGCUACGAUUUCAGUGCCGAUUAUAAUUCGAAGAUGAGUGCGAACGGGUCGGAAUUAUCACUAAGCAAUAACGAUAAUAGUACAGAGGUGCUAUUGAGUAGUGGGAAAAUGGAAGGAGGAUCUUCGGGAGUAGGUGGUUUGAACAAUGCUAUCGGUUCGGGUGGGUUACACGGAGGCAUGAAUCCGUACAAACAUAGUAAGAAUGAAAAUGGAAAGACAAUUGGAAUGAAUAACUCCUCAAAUGGUGGAAACAAGAAUAUUAAGAAUUUGAAAGGUUCAUCGAGCAUCACGCCAGUGGCAUCAACAAACUAUGGGAUUGGCAAGUUGAAGUAUGAAAUGCCUGUUGGUGUAAAUCCAAAUGAUGACAAAGUGAAAGGAGUUUAUUUUUCCAAAUCUCCAAGAGGAGUUGGUAAGUGGAAUGCGUACUUCCAGAUAGCCAAUAAUAAGAGGCUAUUCACCAGUUUCAGUGUGAGCAAGUACGGAUACAACGAAGCCAGGAAGUUGUCUAUAUUGAAAAGAACCGAGUGGGAAAAGGAGUACAGACACCACACGGAUAUGAAAAACGCAGAUGUGAAGAAAGGUAAGAAAAAGUCGAGUCACCACCAUCAGCAAGAAGAGGCGCAACAACAACACCCUCAGCAACAAUCGCAACGACACCCACAGCGACACCCGCAACGACACCACGAUGUUAAUAGCAGCUUGGUCAAAAAUAAUGUUAAAAGUUUGGCAAGGGGAAAUAACAACCAUUUGUUAAAUUCCAGUAGCGAGGAGUCCAUAUCCUAUGGGAAGGAAAAGAAGCUGAACGAAGAAAGCAGUUUGAUGUAUUCGAAUGACGACGAGGACGGUUGCUUGAUUAACAGAAAAUUGGCUGCAGACAUUUCAAGCGAGCUCAACGAUUUGAGCGAUUUGAACGAUUUGAAAGAUUUGAAGGAUUUGAAGGAUUUGAAAGAUUUGAAAGAUUUGAACGAUUUGAACGAUUUGAAAGAUUUGAGCCACUUGAACCAUUUUGACGAUGCGCAUGUGUUAACUGUUGGGGGCGGAAAGAAGAUAAAUAAGUUAAGCAUGUCCAAUGGAAAUAACGGUAGUGGCGGGGGAGGAGGUAAUGUUACUACUGCUGGUAUGACGGGCGGCGAGGGCAUCAAGAUGGACGACAAUAUGGAUUUCUUCAUCGAGUGUACGAAGGAGGAUAACGAUAUCCUUAACUCCAUGGAUCUCCUGCGUUCAAGUUUGAAUGGCGCUGCUCCAGAUGACAGUAAUGAUAAUAUUGAUGGGAAAAUCUCCUCCAGGAGAAGCGCCCUGAACAGUAGUGGCAAGUUCCCCUCCAAUUCGCUGCUCGACUCGUAUGGCAACAACCACAACAGUAGUAGCAACAACAAGAACAAGCAGUCGGUCAACUCGCCCAGGGUACUGUCCAACUCGGUUGGGUUGCCCAACAAGUACAUUCGCAAUUUGCAAUUCCCAGCAAUCGACUCGCACACCGUGAGUAACUUUUUGGAGGCUGUCACGGAUGACCAGAAAAUUUCGUCCUAG